AUGCCAAUGUUGCAACAUGCAACCGGAGAAGGUCAAAGCUCGGCAUGCUAUCAGGAGCUGUCUGGGUCCAGGUCUGCCAGGCAACGUUUUACAGUGGUUGGGCUUGGAAUCGCCUUUGGGGCCUCUCUAUGCUUCGGCUGUUUCAUCACAUACAAAUUAGGGCACAACAGCCGCUUGAAUACCCGCGUGGAGCAUGGACCAAGGGGUUCGAUGCCGGUGGUUUUGGUGGAUGGGCAACGCUACCAGGCCGUUCAAUAUUUGGGUAUGAACUUAUUCACUGCGCCCGGCACGGAAGUGGAUGGCUGCUUUGACUUCGGCUCGAAGAUGGAUCAGUGUUACUUGGGAAGCAGUAUAGUUCGUGAUGAUGUUGCCAGACGGACAGAGAUUAUGAUUGAAGCCAUCGAGAGAGCCUUUGCAUCGGAACACUGGGACCGCAGCCCCAGCACAUUGAAAAUUGUUCUGCUGCCUGAGUUCUUUUGGCGAGGUAAGCAAGGGGCCUACAGGAUAGAGCCAGGGCUAGAAAAUGUGACGCACCCCACAGCUCACUGGAUUUUUCACCGCUUUGCACAUGAACGCUUCAAGCACUGGCUGAUCAUUGACGGCACAGUGGUCAUGGCACAGGCUGCUGACGAACGGUACGUGCGCAUGUCUCAAAGACCAGACGAGAAUGUUAGCUACUUCAACUUUGCCCCAGUUCACGUCGGAGGAACCAAUUUGACGUACUUGAAAUUCAAGCGCUUUAUCAGCGGGAUUGAUUUUAUACGCGCACGCCCAGAAGGGUCACGGAUGGUGCCGGCACCCGCGCGUAACUCGCGCGACUUCUGCAGGAAACACCCGAACUCCAAUGGCUGCAUAUACAGACGCCUUUCAGAGGCGCUGUUGAAGCGUCUUGGCUUCGGCCAUGACAUUGAGCUGCCUAACGGCCUGCUCACAGUCGGAGGCUUGAAGAUCGGCUUAGAAAUCUGCCUGGACCAUGCGAUGGGAGUCCUUUGCAAUGGCACGCUUGCACAGGACGAGCUUGUGGACGUGCAGCUGGUUGUUUCCGCAGGCAUGAACAUUGCCUCCGGUCCAGUUUGUACACGUCCUGGAGGACCAAUCUUUCUCGCAGAUGGCUUCGCAAGAACUGAGGUCAGUCUGAAUCUCUUUGGGCGUGGCCGUGCUGCAGCCCGAACUCCAGCCCACGCCCACCGCUUCAAUGUGGGAAUUGAUUAUGGCGCUGAUGUCAUGGUGUCGAUGCAGCAGUGGAUUGCUGACACGAUCUACAAUAUUACGGGAACCGGCUUUGGAACACGGUUUCCGGGCCUUGCCACCCUCCCUGGCGGCAGCUUCAGCGCCGGGUCUACUGGCAUACCCUUCAAACAGAUCCCGGCGCUGGGUGACAACUGGAAGGACCAGCUUGAAGGAUUCUAUCUCACCGGCAACUACAGGGAAGCUCAGCGCAUGCAACGGUCUCUCGAGAAGGCGAUGCACAAGCUUGAGAGCAAGGAUGGCCUGGACAUUUCAAGCGCCGUCCUGGAGCCGAAAAUAUUUCCAACUAUGGACAUCUACGGUCCAUUCAAAGUGCCUGGCAGCUGA